UGUAGUUCGAAAGACAAUUAAGAGCUUUUCGAAUAUUAAUUUAUUUAAACGAGUAAACUGUGGUGUUACCGAGGUAUUGUUGACGAAACAAUUGCGUGUAAGUCGUCGUUAUUGCUUUGAGGUUAUCGUGUAAAAAAGAAGAUGUCGUGGUGAAUUAGUGUAAACUGUAUUUUAAUGAAAUGUGUUGCCGUGCCGGUGAAAAAACAUAUUGUUCUGGACCUGUUUCUGUGUGUGGAAUUCAAUAACGCCAGCUAAAAAGAAAAUCAUCAACAACGGCAACAUUGGCUACACCAUUACAGUCUACAUCGUGUCUGUAAACAGCAGCAGACACAACGUUUACGACAGCAUCACUACAGACUACAACUGUGGAAUUAUUUAAAGCCGAUAUCUCUGCCUGACGACAACAGCCACCACCAAGCCCUCAUCACCAUGACAACAGACGGCGACAAACCAGAUUCCGAAACUCCGUGUGAGACGUCACAGGGCGGAACCGGUGCUGUGAACGGGGUGGUGUGCAACUCGCCCCUCCAGGAGCUAACGGCGAUAGAUGAGAAGGAAGAUAUUCCUUACGACGACGACGACGACGUCGACCCGAUGGAUUCCGACUAUCCGUUCCACGCGGCGCUCAAGAAAAAACGACGACGGCGACAGACGGCCAGUCAGCGCAAGGCCGCCAACAUGAGGGAGCGACGUCGGAUGCGACUUCUGAAUCAGGCGUUUGACCGACUGAAGCGACACCUGCCCAACACCACGGACCAUAACCACCUUUCGAGGAUGCAGACACUAAAAGCGGCCAUAGUUUACAUUGAAUAUCUAUCAAGUCUGACAUAGCGUAAUGUUUGUGCGAAUUCCGGUCUAGUUUGACAUGGUGCUUUCUCUGUUUGACAUACUAGAGGCAUAAUCUGUGUUCUUCAAUACCAGUCUAGUCUGGCAUAGUAUGUUCUGAGUUUGAAUAUCAGUCUAAUGCAAAUACCAGCUUAUAUAGCAAACGCUAUGUAUCAGUCAGGCUUGAAAAGCGUAUUAAGCUGUUUACGAAUAACAGUCUUGUCUGACCUAGCAUACGCUCCGUAUGAAUAUCAAUCUAGUUUGACAUAGCAUACCUUCCGUAUGAAUACCAGUCUAGUUUGACAUGGUAUUAUCUCCGUAUGAAUACCAGUCUAAUUUGACAUACCCUUCUUUGCGUAUAAAUACCAGUCUAGUUUGACAUGGCAUAUUUUGCAUAUAAACAUGUCUACGUGCUAUGUGUAAUAAUAUUAAUAGUCUGGCAUAGUGUAUUUUGUGUAUAAAUGCCAGUCUAGAUAACAUACUUUGUACAUGAAUACCAGUCUAGUUUGACGUGGCAUACUCUAUAUAUGUCUGACAUAGCGUAUUUUGUGUAUACAUGCCAGUCUAGAUAACAAACUUUGUACAUGAAUACCAGUCUAGUUUGACGUGCCAUACUCUGUAUAUAAAUACAUGUAUAUAUAACACAUUUAGUACAAUAUAUCAUUAAAAAUAGUAAACUCGGCAAUUUAAAGAAAAUGUAUUCCUAUUUAUUUGACAAUCUUAAUGAUGUUUUCUAUGUGAUUACUGUAAAUGUGGUGAUAGCUU